AUGUUUUCAUUCGAAGGAAGUCGUAGUUCAAGAACAAAUCCCAAAAUACAAAUCAGUGAGGAUAUAUCAGCGUACUACGAUGAAGAUGAUGUAGCUGAAGAUCUAGCUGUUAGAUUUGCCCUCGAAGAAGAAGAAGAAAAACGUCGAAAAGGAAAGGAAGCGAUCGAUGUUUUAGACUAUGAAUCUUAUUACUCGGAUGAAGAUGAACAACUUGCUAGAGCUUUACAAGAAAGUGAGUUGGAGUCUCAUCCUGAUGAUGAAUACGAAGCGAUCUUUUCCCUAGCUGAAGCACCACGAGGAGUAGUAUAUAGAGUAUCUAGAAGCCGAGGAACCUGGCAUCCUGAAUGUUUUCGAUGCUCUCAGUGCAAUGGACGAAUGAAGGAUAGAGUGGUAUGGAGGCGCAACAAGCCACACCAUAAACAAUGUCUUCAGCCUCCGAGGCAGGAGGAGCCUAGUAGCUAUCAUCGUGGUCCAACAUGCGAUGUUUGUAGCAAGGGCCUCCCGUCAGAUUAUGUAACUGACCAAUCAUGGGCCAACCAUAAGUAUUGUCGCUCGCACCAAAAUGAUGGCACUCCUAGUUGUUGCAGCUGCCAGAGGCUGGAGCCAAGAGAUGAGAAGAAUAUAUCACUGGGUGAUGGUCGCAAACUUUGUUUGAAGUGUUUGGAUUCUGCACUCAUGUCUACCGCAGAAUCUAAACCUCUUCUCGAAGAUAUAGAGAACUAUUAUGAUGGUUUAAACAUGAGAGUUAAAGUAGAUUUUCCAGUGCUCUUGGUUGAUAGGUCAGCACUGAAAGGUGCCGUUGGUGAAGAAAAUACUCAUAAUAUUCAUAGGUUGCGUGAGAUCAGAGGCCUGACUACCUUUCAAACACAGAUGAUUAGACAUAUCCCAAGAAGGAUAGGAAACAUAUUCGGUAGCAUGCCAACAGAACCAUACAAAUUGGCCCCUGGAAAAUCGGUUGUGACAAGCAUUUGCGUUUUGUUUGGAUAUCCUAGAAUGUUAUGUGGACAAAUCCUUGCUCACGAGAUGAUGCAUGCCUGGAUGCGACAGAAUGGAUAUCCUCACACACUCCCGUUGGAAGUAGAAGAAGGUAUGGCAAACGUUAUGGCUUACAGGUGGUUGGAGGCAGAGUCAGUUGCAGGUAAUGGAGGUGGUCGGUCAAGCAAGAGAAAACGAUCAUCGUUUGAGAAGGAACUUGGGAAAUAUUUCAUUGAGUCGAUGAUGAGUAAUCCUGAUCCGGUGUAUGGGGACGGAUUUAGAACGGCUUUAAGAGCCGUGGAUAGGCAUGGUCUCAAACCCACCCUCCAGCAUAUUAAAAAAUACGGAAGGCUGCCAUAG